UCUAUGGCCUAAUGGCUCCAGCCAUGAAGCACCCUGGGAUUGUGGCUGCCCUCUCACUUUAAGUCAUUUCUUUUGCAGGGAAACAAGAGCACAGGCCACUUCUUUUCAAGAGGAGGGACACUCUGAAUGCCUGGAUGACACUUUUCCUUUGGAGGGGAUCUUGAAUAUAGAGGACAUGCUCUUCCUGGGGGACACAGGUGACUUUGAUGACAUACUGUAUCUGGAAGAGACUGAGCAGCCUGAGGACACACUGUGUGUGGAGGAGCCUGGGAAGCCGGAGGACACACUGUGUGUGGAGGAGCCUGGGAAGCCGGAGGACACACUGUGUGUGGAGGAGCCUGGGAAGCAGGAGGACACACUGUGUGUGGAGGAGCCUGGGAAGCAGGAGGAGACAAGCCCAGAGCAGAUGGCUUAUGGGGGAGAGACGGUCACAAACGAAGAGAAGCCUAACCCUGAGAGCCUUGGAGCCGGGUCUAGUCCCAGCACAGAGGAGAGCCUGAGCAUAGAGGACCUAGAGUUGCUCGAGGGGCGUUUCCAGGAAUGUGUCCAAGCUGUGGCCCAGCUGGAAGAGGAGCGGGAUCGGCUCAUCCAUGAGCUUGUGUUGCUCCGGGAACCAGCUCUCCAGGAGGUGCAGCAAGUCCAUCAGGACAUCCUGGAUGCCUACAAACUGCAUGCUCAGGCGGAGAUGGAGAGGGAUGGCCUCAGGGAGGAGAUCCACCUGGUCAAGCAGAAGCUGUUCAAGGUGACCAAGGAGUGUGUGGCCUACCAAUACCAGCUGGAGUGCCGCCAGCAGGACGUGGCCCAGUUUGCCGAUUUCCGGGAAGUGCUGACCGCACGGGCAGCCCAGCUCUCAGCGGAACUGGCCCAGCUCCGGGAUGCCUAUCAGAAGCAGAAGGAGCAGUUACGGCAGCAAAUAGAAGCACCUCCAAGCCAGAGGGAAGCACACUUCCUGCAGGAGAGCCGGCAGCUCUCUGCCCAGUUUGAGAACCUCGUGGCAGAGAGCCGCCAGGGCCUGGAGGAGGAGUAUGAGCCUCAGCUGGUGCGGCUCCUAGAGAGGAAAGAAGCCGCUGCCAAAGCCCUGCAGAAAACCCAGGCAGAGAUCCAGCAGAUGAAGGAGGCUCUGAGGCCCCUGCAAGCAGAGGCCCAGCAGCUCCAUCUGCUAAACAGGAACCUGGAGAACCAGAUCACACUUGUGAGGCAAAAGCGGGACGAGGAAGUGCAGCAGUACAGGGAACAGCUGGAGAAAAUGGAAGAACAACAGGCACAAUUAAGAAAUGGAGUGCAACUCCAGGAACAGAAGAACAAAGAGAUGGAGCAGCUAAGGAUCAGCCUUACUGAAGAGCUUUCAACUUAUAAGAGCUGUUUAGAAAUGUAUGGCCGAAUCUGUAACCCAGAAACAACCAAAAGCUUCUUAACAAAGGAUCACUUAAGUACCCUUUUCCAAACACAGAAGAGUGCCAGGGACUUGGCAAGCAAUUCACCCUGGGGAAGAUACAAAUACUGGCUGACCUGUUUAAAAAGAUUCUAGGCUGGCUGGAGGCAGAACGCACCAGUCAGCUCUUAGCUGGAUUCUAUUUCACAGGCUACUGGUAAUGAUUUCAAUGCACGAAGGAACAGCCAAAAAAAAAAAAAAAAAAAAAAAGAGCCUCCUGUCCCUCCUGCCCACCAGCAGCAAAGGAUGAAUAUAUGCACCCCUGCAGCCUUGUGCAGAAUGAAACUUGCCUUGUUGUUGACCUAAACCAAAAACAUUUUUUUUUGAGCACAGGUGGGGUCAAAAGGCAGCCAAUUUUCAUUAUAUGGGUUUAUAAUUUGAAUUCUUUUGUGCCAUGAGUGUUGGACUUUUAAUGAAUCCUUUUACAAAGUUUACUUUUUAUGCUGACGCAUAGUUUACUCUUGUGUCAAGAUAAUUUUCACUAUACUCUAAAAGAACUUAGUUCCAGAAAAAAGGAACUAAAUUUGAAUCUAAAGGUUAAGGAUAUUCAGAUUUCCCUAAAGAUCAUGCCUCAUGAAAAUGAUUUUUGGUGAGUAAUCUACUCAGUUAAACUGAGUGAUUGCAAAGAACCAGGCAUUUUAUCUGGUUAUGGUACGUGGCUUUCAGCCUUUAUUUCUCACUUCUAAGAACAGGUCCCAGUGAAAAACAUACUGGGGAGAUUCAACCUCUAUAAGAGAAAAGGUUCAAACACCUUUUCCAAAUUUAAAUUUUGCCUUAAAAUCUUUCUGCCACACUGCCUUUGACAUGCUUGAAAGUCCAUGUAGUUCUCUAUGAAUAGACUUCAAAAAGAUGUUAUUUUAUCGAAGACUAAUCUGUACACCUAUGAUUCAAUGUUUUAUGUCUUUCACUUUCCCUGUGAAGGAGUAAAACUGUUUUCUAUAGCUCUGGGUCUAUUAUAAUUAAUUCUGCUCUUGGUAGUCAAAGACCACAGAAAAUAACUGUCAUCUGAAGAAUUCUUCUAGAAGCCAGAGACUGGUGUUUGAUAGAUAUUAUAUUACAUACUAAAUAAAGCCCAUCAGCAUUGGGUUAUGUAGAAAAGCAAUUUAUUUCAUUAUAAGCACUUACACAGUUAGUCAUAGAGAGUAACAGGCCUGUUAGUGAAACAGGUCACCCAAAACAGAGAUGGUAUCAAACUAGUGGUCAAGGACUAACU